AUGUCUUUCAUCUCGAGGCUUAGAACCUCUCUGCUGAGGCCGCCGUCUUUGGCACCACUAACCUUCCGACAUGUGUCUCGAAUCCCCCCAACACGGACCCUGUCUUCUCGAGCAACUGAUUUCCCCACAGGCUUGGAGUUUGCACCCAUCCAAAACGUGGAACGCAUGGGAAGAUACUCACCUGGAGGUUAUUAUGCUGUUAACAUCCGUGACAGUUUACAUAAUGAUCGGUACCGCAUUGUUCACAAACUUGGCCACGGAACGUUUUCAACAGUCUGGCUGGCGAACGACACCCUCAAAUGGCGCUAUCUAGCCCUCAAGCUUGGAACGGGAGACGCAAACUUCAAGGAGGCUAGUAUUCUGGAGAAAGUGGCUCCUCGGAGCCAACUUCUACCCCCUCUACUGGAUCGAUUCACGCUGGAAGGCCCCAACGGAAAGCACCCAUGUUAUACGACUCUCCCUGCUCGGAUGACCGUCUCAGACGCGCUUAAUGCAUCCGACUGUAGGCUUUUCCAGCUCGAUGUUGCGAGAGCUUUGGCCGCACAGAUGGCUCUUGCUGUCUCGGCACUGCAUGAUCACGGCCUUGCACACGGAAAUCUACAUCUCGGAAACAUAGCACUUCGAAUGACAUCCGACAUGAGCCGCAUGACCCAAAAGGAUCUGUACGACUUUUAUGGUCAGCCCAGGCGGGAGGAAGUAGUCCAUCUCGAGGGAAAGCCGCUCCCGCCCGGAAUUCCGACCCACGGUAUCUUGCCAGUGUGGCUUGGUGGGAGAAGUGAAGACAUCCUUCUUCCCGACGCCCAGAUCAUGCUUGUGAACUUUGGCGAGGCCUUUUACCCGGACAAGGAGAAGAAGUUUGAGUCACGCACACCGGCGCUCCUACGACCACCCGAAGCUCGCUUCGAACCGAACCAACCCCUUGGCCUGUCAUCGGACAUCUGGACGCUCGCGUGCUCCAUGUGGGAAGUUCUCGGCCAGGGACCGCUUUUCAAGAGCUUCUUCCGAGAUGAGGACGUUAUCGCCGCCCAACAGAUUGAAACACUAAGGCCCCUGCUUCCGGCUUGGUGGAAGCGCUGGGAGAAACGAGGAGAAUGGUUCACGGAAGCUGGAGAGCCGAUCAAGGAUGAAGACGACGAGAUCGAGACGCUCGAGGAUAAGUUCAAGAUUAGUAUGCAACAGUCCAGAGCUGCCGAGAAGAUGCCGCUGUUUGAUCCAGAGGAGGAGAGAGCGCUCCUGAAAUUGUUUCGAUCGAUGCUUGUGUUCGCACCAGAGUCACGAUCGACGAUCAGCGAAGUGAUCAAUUCGGAGUGGAUGCAGAAGUGGGCGCUCCCGGCUUACUACGAACUCGAGAAGGCAAAAAGUAGAGAUUCCUGA